AUGGCCGUCCUCCCAUCACUCUGCCACAUCCGAGUCUUUGUCGAGACGGCGCAGCGAGGACCCCUUCCCGAGUUCGAACACCCCGACCCCAAGAGUGAACUCCCCCAGGCGGAGUCGUUUCACCUCUCCCAGGGCCGCAUUCCAACCGAUCCGUUGCCCCAUGUGAUCAAGUACAUCGAGGCCCGAGCAGCCGAGGAUUUUGUAAUUUCUAUACGCACGUCCUCGCUACCUAAUCCCCGGACUGUUGGCAAUAUAGGCUGCCACUUGAGAAUUGACGGUCGGCUCGUCGCCGCGAGGCUUGCCGUCUUCCAACGUUGUGAUCAGUUGGGGCAACCAGUGUGGGAGUACCGGUUUCGGCAUAUCAUUACCGGCAAUGCCAAUGACGGAUAUGAAUUGCAUGCCUUCAAGUUUACUCCUCUGGAUAUCGUGGAAGAUGAUAACCUCUCGCCGGAAGAGCUAGCUCAUCAGCGAGAUCGAGCUAAGACCUGCGGCAGUGUGACACUCUCGCUCCAUCUUGUCAGUAAUCCCUGGGUUAUGGGCCCUCAUACCAUGGACGCACCUCGCAGCGACCUUAGCUUCGCGGAAAAAGGACUCAAGGGCCGGGCAACGGACUCUGCAACAACGUAUAUUUCACACGCACUGCCGCGCAGGAUACAAUCCCAUUCUAUCGGGGUGACGUACUCUGAUCCGCAGAGACGGCCCUUCGCCGUAUAUGAGUUCAGGUACCGCUCGAGGAAGGGUCUGGUCGCAGAAGGAAUUGACAUCACUCCAAGGACCAUAACGGAUCGUGUAAAUCGAGCGCAAGAACUCUUGACCAUUCAGGCGGAAGCCGAGGCCCGACGGCACAUCGCCCGCAUACCGGGGGCUGGCGAGAUGCAACAGCCGGGACGAAUCGUAGCCGCCGACUCAUCCGACGUUGAGAGCCCGCGCGGGAUCAAGCGCGAGAGAGAGGAGGACAACGACGAAGAGGAUGCGAAAGCUCGAGCGGAGGGGAAGUCCGUGAUUCGGUACAAAGAACGGCGUACAGAGGAAGGUCGGGUGGUAAUUGACCUUACUGAGGACUGA